GCGGCCUCACCUACUUCCUACUGGGCGGCGGAGGACCCAGGGCUGUCGGGAAUUGCCCGUACAACUCGAGCUCCGGGGCAGGGACCUCAAGGAAGGAGGGCCUCCGAAGCAGCGCCUACCUCUCUCCCUCUGGCCCCAGGAUGGCGGACUCGGAGCAUAGCCCAACUCCGAAAUGCUCGGCCGCCUGCACUGCGUUCUCCCGCACCCGCAAGGGGAUUUUCCUCUUGGCCGAGAUGGUGCUGUGUUUGCUGAUCAUCAUCUGUUACUCAGCCUCCCGAGUGAAGGGUUACCUUACUUUACCUGUGCUGGAGAUGGUCAUGGCUGGGGUCUUUUUUGUCAUCUUUAUGUUGAACAUACAUCACCAGUUGCAGUUCAUCAACUGGCCCUGGAGUGACUUCUUCCGAGGUCUCAUCGCAUCUGUCCUCUUCUUCAUCACCUCACUUAUUACCAUCAUCAAAAAUGUGGAUGCUCAGAGUAUGGUUGGAGGGGUAUUGGGGCUGGUGGCCACCAUCCUGUUUGCCUAUGAUGCCUAUAGCACUUUCCAAGGCCAGCGGAGCCGCCACACCCCAGCUGCCACUGAGUCUCCCGAUGGCCCCUCCUAGCACCACUGUGGCCACCAUGGGCUCCCUCACUCACAAAAGGAGGAUGAAGAGGGUGACCAGUGGAGAAGCCCAAGUGUCUUUGGAUCUCCCUCAGCCCCUUCUUGCAGGAGCCAGCCUCUUUGCCCCCAUGAGCCUCAGCUGCAGCCCUCAGUCAAGUUGUACCAACUUGUCCCAGAGAGGAGGCCAAAGGCUUUGGGGCAGAGGGCAGGAAGAGGAUGAAUAAACGGGUAAUAAAUUGA